GUGCACACAGAACAGACAGGCCAAGAAAUGAAUAAACUACACCAUCAAACUGUACACUAAUUUUGUAAUUGUAGUGAACGAGUUUUGGGUUAUCUAUCCCGUAGAACGAAGCCGGCACAUCGGCCGGACUUGCGGAUCGCGGAGGCCUUGUCUUUGAGUUUGACGCACGUCCGAACGCGGACCGAAGCUGGCGGAAGCGCAAGAUGUGGUGCCCACGCCUGGUGGCUAUUUCAGUGCUACUCUCUGUCUUAUGUGCUAGCGGCGCUCAGGCGGGUAGUAAGUCGCAAUGCGAGCGAUGCAAGAAGCUGGUGAAGGGCUUUCGUGAGGGCGAGAAGCGCACGUCCAGGUCCAACUUUGGCGGCGGAGAUGUUCACUGGGAGGAGCGCAAGAAGGUCUCCUACCUGAAGAGUGAAACUCGUCUUGUGGAAAUCAUCGAGUCAGCAUGUGAAAAGGGCAACCAUGGGUGCACAUCCUUCUUGGAGCAGUACGAAGAACUCCUUGAAGUCUGGUGGUUUAAGAAGCAGGACAAGUUUCCGGAUCUUCAAGACUGGCUAUGCCGUGUCAGGACUAAAACUUGUUGCCGUGAUAAUGAGUUUGGAAAGAAGUGUGCCCCAUGUCCAGGCGGUGUGGAGAAACCAUGCAAUGGAAAUGGGCAGUGUGAGGGUGCAGGAGACCGUACCGGCUCUGGGAUAUGCAACUGUCGCUAUGGUAUCACGGGAACAAAGUGCGAUCAAUGCCUGCCUGGAUUCUUCAAUGAGACCAAGCUCAACGAUUGCCUAAACUGCCAUCGCGCUUGCUUGCUCAACUGCACCGGAGCAUCGGAAGAACACUGUCUGGACUGUGGGCCAGGAUGGAAUAGGCUAGUUACAGGAGGAUGUCGAGACAUAGAUGAAUGUUUGAGCAAGUCGCUGCACAACUGUGCUGCUAAUCAGUACUGUGUGAACUCUGAGGGUAGCUUCUCCUGUCAAGAUUGCCACACGAGCUGUGCUAGCUGUGAGGACCCUGGCCACAAGGACUGCAAGGGCUGUGCACAAGGAUACAGAUGGAACGCGACAGCGACGCUCUGUGAUGAUAUUAAUGAAUGCGAGGAGGGUGUGGAGGAUUCCACAGCUUCGGCGGCACAGGAAAAGGCAGCAGCAGACACGGGCGACAAAGAUGCUAUUCCUGCUGCCGCUGCCACUGAGCUACCCCGGAUUGCUGCCUGCAAGGAGACUGAGACCUGUGUUAACAAGGUGGGUUCGUUUAGCUGUUUGUGCAAGCGGGGCUACAAACGCAAGAAGGGUGGCUGUGUUGUGGAUACGAAGUACAAGGAACCGGUCUCUGAGCAGUCGGCGGUCACUGCUGAUGACUUACCGCCCGUUGAGGAAAUCACUGCUGACGACGAUGACGAUGAUGUACCAGCAGCCAAGGAGUCACACGCCACAGCGUCAUCAUCCAGCAAAGAUGAGUUGUGAUCAUGAUAGUGCGAUGGCAGUCCUAACUCAUAACAUGACGCCCAAUCAAUCACUAGUGAGUUGUAUUUAAAAGCUGACGGUUAUAUUUCCCCGUACUCUGCUGCUGACUUGAUCUCAACGUUGCCGAUAAUGGAGACUACCUGCGCUACUACCAGUACUAACCAUUGCUAAGUGAAUCCAGUAAACACUAGACUAGACUGCACAUGCAUUACACCUACACUCUAACAGCACAUGCACACACACACCUACACUCUAACAGCACAUGCAUUACACCUACACUCUAACAGCAUACACGCAUACAUAUACACUCUAACAGCACAUGCAUUACACCUACACUCUAACAGCACAUGCACACACACACCUACACUCUAACAGCACAUGCACACACACACACACACCUACACUCUAACAGCACAUACACUCUAACAGCACAUACACUCUAACAGCAUACACGCAUUACACCUACACUCUAACAGCACAUGCACACACACACCUACACUCUAACAGCACAUGCAUUACACCUACACUCUAACAGCAUACACGCAUACAUAUACACUCUAACAGCACAUGCAUUACACCUACACUCUAACAGCACAUGCACACACACACCUACACUCUAACAGCACAUGCACACACACACACACACAUACACUCUAACAGCACAUACACUCUAACAGCAUACACGCAUACACUCUAACAGCACACACACCUACACUCUAACAGCACAUACACUACUGGACUGUAUACACCUCAUCGCCUUUUAUUAAAGCUGGUCACUGCCGAUUUGAAAUGAUUUGUAUUUAUCUGACACUGAACUGCUGACUUAAACUUGCUAGGAUGCUAAUUCUGAACUAAACUAAUGCUGCCUGUUCUGAGAUGCAUUUUGCACUUUGCCGGUCGUUCAAAGUCGUAUCCUCCUCACCAGCAAAUCGGCCCUGACAUGA